UCCCCCAGAGUUCAAGACAUCUGGGAACUGGGAAAUACCAGGUGAAAUAAUGACUUCAGUGAUCUUCAAGUUGGAAAGUCGGAGCUCUAGAAAGAAGCCUGAGUUACUAAGUUGGAAUUCCGAGUUUAAUGACUGUUAGAAAAUAUUGUUUUUUUCCGCAAUGUCUUGAACAAACUGAAAUCGGAAGUCCGAGAUUUCCGAGUUCCCAGUUGUUUUGAAUGCGGCGCCAGUUGUCUUGAAAAUCUUUGGUUUCGCCACGACGUGGACUAAUGAGGAGACGGUGGAUGUGGUUGGAAGAGCACGCUUGUUUGAAUUGGAAAAGCGGUAGCUAUUGAUAAAGAAGAACAUCAAGAUGAAGCAGCUGCUUUACAAGUGGGAGCGCUAUGGAGAUUGUGACAGACGGUUAAAUGGCGUCCCUUGAGAAGGCAAGAACAAAACGUAUGUCAGGAGAAGUGUUAUCAUAAGGAGACGUAUACUUGGAAUACGGAGGGCGAAUGGAGUGAAAAAGAGAGGCAGAGGAGAUCUAAGAGAGAGGGAUGAAGAGGCUUGAGUUGGUUAUAAAUGUCGGGAAAAGGGGAGAUGGUUUGUUAAAGAAGAAUGGUAGAAAGUGUAAGCAGAGUGAGUUGAAGGCAGGAGGAGAAAUGGAAGUGAAUGAGGGAGAAGUAUCGGAGAUGGGAGGUGUGGUGAAGCUCUCGGGGCCCGAGGCUUGCGCCGAGGUUCAGAAUAAAGAUGAGCCUGUGACAGUAGGAGUGAAGUUUUUGGAAAAAGUGGACCCUUGCCAUUUGGGCUCAUCCAUUUGUGGUUUCAGGGAGGGUGAAAACAGAGUUGGGUGCUGUGGAAUCUGUGAAGGUAACCAGAAGUGUUCUUGUGGUAAUUGUUUGUGUUUCUGCUGGUCAGAGGGAGCAGGCACUCCGCAUUAAGUCUGUUCUUUUGAAAGUAAAGUUAAUGUUGAGUCUAUGCCCGACAAAGUGAUAUUAGGCUAUAUAAGUUAUCCUGUACGUGCUUUUGUGCCGAAUACAUUACAUUGUUACAGGUAUCAAGCUUAUGGGCAUGUGUUAGCAGUGUGAGAAGUGUGCAGAAGGGCAUGAGACAAAGGAAUGUGUAGCAUUGGGGAAAGUAGUGGUAUGUGUUAAUUGUAGGGGUGCCCAUGGGGCUGGGGAUCAGAAAUGUCCCGUGUGAGAGAGGCAGGUUGAGGUUUCCAGGGUUAGAGUAGUGCAGAAGUUGUCAUAUGCUGAGGCAGUGAAGAAAGUAGAGGAAGAUGGGUCAAGAGGGAGGGAUCCUGAGAGGAGUGGUGGGAGUAGUAGAGCUGUACCAUUAGAGUGAUAAACCAACAAGUGAUAUAUGUUUCAGUAAGAUUGGAUUUUUAGCAUUUAUAGCAAUGGCUAUCAACUGUACUGCAGGGAUUGAGGUUUUGGCGGCACCCCCCAAGCGGUAUUUGGGUGUGCGAGACUUGAUAUGAUAAGAGUUACAGGGUGUGUUAAGUGGUGGUUUUUCUUUUCAAGUGUUUGGCCUGAAACUAAAUAGUUUUAAAUAGUGGAGUAGGGUGGUGUUCUUGUUUAUUAUGUGAGCAUUUGUGUGUUAGAUGGCAGGGUAUUUGUUUAUUUAUUUAUUUUUUCAAACAAAGUAGAAGGGAGUUGUACUCCAGUCUAGUAGGUGGCGGUAAUGCAAAAAAAUAUUGGUUGAAAAAUAAGUUAAACCUCACCGAAGAAGAAGUGGACUGAUGACGUAUUGAUCUAAGAUGGCGAAAAAACUGCUUGGGAAAUCUCCUUCGUCCUCAAAUAAAUUCAAUAGUGCAAACAUGACGGAUGAUUUUCAAUUACAUCUCGACUCAAGCGAGGACGACGCUCCAGAAGAGGUGACCUUCGAAGAGUCAAAGGCUUCUGCUCUACGGAGCAUGAAAAAUGCGUUGGAGACAUCCAAAAGAGAAAAGGAUUUGCUCAAAGAAAAGCGAAGGAAGAGACAGGAACUGUUUCAAGAACAGAAGAAAAGAAGACUUCUCCCUGCACAUAUUCUAGAAGAAAUUGACACAGCUCCAUCAAAAAAACAGAAGCUACCUGGAGAUCAAGCUGAAAGCAACCAUGAAGAGGCAAGCUGUUCAUGGGAGGAGGGGCGCAAAGGAUCGAAAGAAGGGUAUGAGAAAAAGACGAAGAAAGGAUUCAAGGGAAAUAUCCGGAGUCUGAAGGGUAACUACAGAGUAAUGAGGGUGGCGGACCAAUCUUCAACCAACUCCCAACAGCAGACAGCCAUGGAUUUCAUACAGGCCAGACUGUAUGGCCCGGGAAGUCAGAGGACGACAAGUAUGAACACUCCGUUUGGAAAAUGUGGCGCUGGACAUUUGACCAAUAGCAUUUUACCCAUAUGCAUUGGACAAUGAACUUCUCUCCCUUCAAAAUAAGAGAGGCCCAAAUAAAAGUGCGGCCAUGCAGUUUGUGAAUAAGAAAUGGG